GAAACAAACUCGGAUCCAGUGGACGGGGAGCCGAGCCGAGUCGGACCCGGAGGUUCUGCGCUCGGACCGGGAUUCGACGGCGCACACCUCCUGUUUGCUCAGCAGAGUUGGAGAUGGAGGGAAACUGCAGGAUUCCCUUUUUGCWCACGUGCAGCAGCAGCAGCUUCUUCCUGCUCUGGAUCUCCAUCGGCUUAAACUGGUCUGAGGGGUCUGCGGGGUCCCAGCAAGGGAUUCCUCUGUCAGUAGUAAAGCUUUGGGCCUCUGCAUUUGGUGGAGAAAUUAAAUCGCUUUCUGCAAAAUAUUCUGGAUCUCAGUUGUUGCAAAAGGAGCUGUGGUCCAUCACAGCCCCACGUUCGGGGGCCAACUCCAGUUCUGAGACCAGCCCCCCUGUUCGGAUCAGCAGCCGGAUCAGUCCCAAGAGCUCAGCUGCUUGUCUGUGGGAGGAAAGUGCCGGCAACAGAGGAAGUCCUCGAAAGUAUGGAGAAAGUGCGCAGACUGCAUUCAGAAAGCGGCUGCAGGCUCAAAACCCAAGCUCGUCGUGCCCUGAGCGGCUGGUGGAGGCGGCGGAAGAGGCGCACCAUCAGCAUGAAGACAACCCAGACCUGCAGUAUGAGUACUUCAACGCUGUGCUGAUCAAUGAAGUGGACGAGGAAGGCAACAACGUGGAGCUGGGAGGCGAGUUCAUCCUGGAGCCCAACGACCAUUUCAACAACCUCUCAGUCAACCUGAGCCUCAGUGUGGUGCAGGUGCCCACCAACAUGUACAACAAAGAUCCCGACAUCGUGAACGGGGUCUACUGGUCCGAGGCCUUGAACAAAGUCUUCGUGGAGAACUUUGAAAGAGAUCCGACUCUUAUCUGGCAGUACUUUGGAAGCGCCAAAGGUUUUUUCAGGCAGUAUCCCGGAGUAAAGUGGCAUCCAGACGAACAUGGCGUCAUCGGCUUCGACUGCAGAAAUCGGAAGUGGUACAUCCAGGCAGCAACGUCCCCCAAAGACGUGGUGAUUUUAGUCGAUGUCAGUGGAAGCAUGAAGGGGCUGAGGCUGACAAUCGCCAGACAGACUGUUUCCUCCAUCCUGGACACUCUGGGGGAUGAUGACUUCUUCAACAUCAUUGCAUACAAUCAGGAGAUCCACUAUGUUGAACCUUGUCUGAACGGUACUCUGGUCCGGGCCGACAGGACAAAUAAAGAUCAUUUCCGUGAACAUCUGGACAAGCUGUUUGCCAAAGGGAUUGGACUUCUGGGUGAAGCUCUGACCGAAGCGUUCAGCAUCCUGAACGAUUUUAAUCAGACAGGACAUGGCAGCGUGUGCAGCCAGGCCAUCAUGCUCGUCACUGACGGAGCGACGGAAAUGUACGAUGAUGUUUUUGAGAAGUACAACUGGCCAGAAAGAAAAGUGCGCAUAUUCCCCUACCUAAUUGGACGGGAGUCUGCGUUUGCUGAUAACCUGAAAUGGAUGGCCUGUGCCAACAAAGGGUAUUUCAGUCAGAUCUCCACUUUAGCUGAUGUGCAGGAGAAUGUGAUGAGGUAUCUUCAUGUCAUGAGUCGUCCAAAGGUCAUCGACCACGAACACGACACGGUUUGGACAGAAGCUUACGUGGACAGUGCUCUUACUCACGCAUAUAAGCUUAAUGACAAAUCAGGUCCAACUCUGACGACGACAGUGGCCAUGCCUGUGUUCAGCACAAAGAACGAGACGAAGAAUCAGGGUAUUCUGUUGGGGGUCGUAGGAACAGACAUCCCUCUGCAGGAGCUGAUGAAGCUCAUCCCAAAACAUAUGUUAGGAAUCCACGGYUAUGCAUUUGCCAUCACUAACAACGGCUACAUCCUGACACAUCCAGACCUCAGGCCUUUGUAUCAGGAAGGUCAGAAGAGGAGGAAGCCCAAUUACAGCAGCGUGGAUCUGUCUGAGGUGGAGUGGGAGGACAAAGAUGARAUUCUGCGCAACGCCAUGGUAAACAGGAGGACGGGGACUUUCUCUAUGGAGGUGAAGAGGACUGUGGACAGAGGGAGGCGUGUGCUCAAAAUGCACAAUGACUAUUACUACACUGACAUCAAAGGAACUCCGUUCAGUGUUGGAGUAGCUCUCUCAAGAGGUCAUGGGAAAUAUUUCUUCAGAGGAAACGUGUCCAUGGACGCAGGGCUCCGUGAUCUGGAACAGCCAGAUGUCGCCUUGGCAGAUGAAUGGACCUACUGCAACACGGAGGAGAAGCACGAGCACCGUCACCUGAGCCAGAUUCAAGCCAUAAAGCUCUUUAUGACGGGCCGCAAAUCACAUUUCAAAUGUGACAGAGAGUUGAUCCAGGAGGUGUUGUUUGAUGCGGUGGUCACUGCUCCUCUGAAGAACUACUGGAAUAGUUUGGCUCAAAACAAAUCAGAAAACCCAGACAAAGGAGUGGAGAUCGCCUUCCUGGGAACGCGGACCGGUCUGUCGAGAACCAAACAGUUUGUUCCCACUGAUCAGCUGUCCAAUCAGGACCUGCUGACGGCAGAGGACAAGGAGGGGGUGUUCAACGCAGAUCACUUCCCUCUGUGGUACAAGAGAGCCGCAGAGCUGGUCCCCGGCACGUUUGUCUACUCCAUCCCCUUCAGCACAGCGUUAGAAAACAAGAGUGUGGUUUUGGCCAGCACAGCCAUUCAGCUCCUCGAUGACAGAAAAUCUCCAAUUGUUGCUGCUGUAGGACUCCAGAUGAAGCUCGAGUAUUUUCAGAGGAAGUUUUGGACGGCCUGCAGACAGUGCACGGCUCUGGAUGGAAAGUGCAGCAUUAGCUGUGAUUCUGAGGACAUCAACUGUUACCUGAUUGACAACAACGGCUUCAUUCUGGUUACAGAAGAACAGUCUCAGACAGGACUCUUCUUCGGAGAGGUGGAGGGAGCUGUGAUGAACAAACUGCUCCAGAUGGGAUGUUUUAAAAGGAUCACCCUGUAUGACUAUCAGGCUCUUUGCAGAGAGUAUGCUGGGAGCAGCGACAGCGCACGCACUUUAUCAGAUCCUUUUUCUGUGGUCAAGUGGCUGCUGACGGAACUCAUCAUUUUUCUGCUAGAAUUUAACCUGUACAGCUGGUGGAACGUCGAUCUGUCAGUGAAAGCUCAGAGAUCUGGCAAAACCAUGAUGGUGCCUUGUGACACAGAAUACCCUGCCUUUGUCUCCGAACGCACCAUCAAAGAAACGACAGGGAACAUCGAGUGUGACGGCUGCGUCAGGUCUUUUGUCAUCCAGCAGAUUCCCAGCAGCAACCUGUUCAUGGUUGUUGUUGACAACAAGUGUGACUGCAGCAGUAUUCCUCCGGUAACCAUGGAUCCCAUCGAGAUCAUGUACAACGAGUCGUUAAAAUGUGACAGACUGAAGCUUCAGAAGGACAGAAAAAAGCCAGAAUCGUGUCAUCCUUUCCACCCUGAGGAAAAUGCCAUGGAAUGUGGCUCAGCCUCUCGUCUCUCCAAUUGUCUGGCGAUAAACCUGCUGUCUCUGGUAGCAGCAAGCAUCAGCAGGUGACCCUGAGCUGCAGAACGUGCCGUCAGUAAGAACUGACCCAACAAGAAGGCGCUUAGAAACACAUAGAGAUCAUGACUGAACAGAACUGACUUUGUUCACCUCUGCAGCCGGCAUUAUUCUAUACGACAAAGUCUUUUCCAGUAGCACCGAGACGCACAUCUAUUAACGCAGAAAACACUAAAUAGUGAGAGAAUAAGCCGAGUGCUUGGUGACUUUGCAGAUCUGUAGACUGAGAGUUUGUCCUGUCGUUCUUAAAUGUGCGCUGAAUUUAUUUAAAGGGAAAAAUGCCAAAUGAGUGAAGAGCUUUCUUGUCUAAAUCUAAACAUGUUCACUGUGUAAAGGACGAUAUUAAAACUAAAUGUUCGGAUUUUGUUUGUGAGAGAAUAAUAAAAGAAUGUAAAAAAGCACUGUGAGCUAUGAAAAGAAUAAGGAGAAGCCUAUUAUUUUGGCAGUACAUCUGAAAAAACAUACUGCUGUGCAUUUGUGGUUUUGUUUGUCUAAAUGUCUUUUUGUUAGAUUUAUAACUAAAACCAUUUUGUGUCACAGAGAAUAGAGAAAAAAAAUGUUUAUACUGAGGGUGAUUUAUUCUGCCAGUUCCUCCUGGUUUAAAAGAUGUUUAAGAAAAGCUAUAUGCAUGAUGAAGAUGCAACUGUGUGUUUAAAGAAUGUUACAUCGGUGUAUUCAGCCAUUUGUCAAAAAGUUCAUAUAAUCUUCAACACGUGUCUAAGAAAGCCGAUGAAUAAACCGGAAGAAAUAUUUUCCUUCAUUUGCA